AUGCUCUCGCUCAUCACAUGGUUGCUCUUAUGCAACAUAAUCCAAGGCAUAAACUCGCUCGUGUGGGCUAGUAAUAUCGCUGUUCAUGUACCAGUCUGGUGCGACAUCGUGACGAAGGUUCUGCUUGGAGCUUGGGUCGCCUUGCCUGCAGCAUGUCUAUGCCUUUGUCGCCAUCUACAGAAUUGUGCCAGGCAAGUAGAGACAAAAGGUCGGCGCAGCUUCCUUGCGCUUGAUCUCGCAUUGUGCGUUGCUGUGCCUGUUCUCUACAUGGCGAUACAUGUUAUUGUGCAAGAUCGCCGGUUUGACCUGGUCGAGGAGUACGGUUGCGAACCUUCCAUCUACAUUUCAACACCCGCGGUGAUCCUCAUCUGGUUACCACCUUUCGUUCUUUGUGUUAUAGCCUUUUGCUACGCCUUCCUCGCCUUGUUAAAUUUCAGACAAGCAGUUCGUGUGACUUCGCUGAGAAAUUCUUCAGGGUUUAGAGUACUCACGUUCAUUCGCCCAAUACUGACUGCUUUCAUCAUUGUAUCUCUAAUCCUUUCUUCGUCUGCAUUCUCUCUACACGCUCGUAUUGUCUCUACAGCAGGCCUUGAGCCCUGGACGUCAUGGGUGGCCGUGCAUGCACAGCUGUCAGCGAUUCGCGUUAUCCCUCCUACCGCGGGUCUGGAACUGAUCAGAGUAGCUAUAACGUGGUGGGCUAUCCCUGCGUGUUCGUUGGUGCUCAUCUCCGCAUACAUUGUCGGAUUUGCCUGUGGUGCACGGGAAGAGGUGCUCCGAGGAUAUCGUUACUCACCUCGCUGGUUCCGCACCGAUACCUCUCCCCGUAGAACCGAUCUUUUCACGGAUCCGGCCUUGGAUGUACGGUUGAACUCCUCCAUGAUGCCGAUGCCCGUGUACCUGCCGACGACAGACGUUAACGACACCCUUCGGUCAACGUCUUCCAUUAAGGCGAAGGCGGCGCCCCUUUCCAUCUCCAUCCCGGGACAUGCGACGGUGUCACCUCCCACCUCCUCAGCGUCGGACGACUCGGACGGUGCGUUCGUCCAGUCGACGCUGAACUACGUCGGAUCGCCCACAGGUCGCGAGGCGCUCGGCCUCCCACUGCUCCCCCCUUCUCUGGCGCGACCUAGGAAACCAGCUCCCCUUCCUCUAGAUCAGCCAAUUUCCACAAUACCUCCUGCAUUACACCUUACGUCUGGGACCACAACCGCUUCUCCCCGUUCCAUCCUUGAUGGUCCUUGGCCACGGCCGCCCUCCGCUAUCCCCACCCCCGUCGCACCCAUCAUGAUCUCCCCUCCGACUCCCCAGCCCGACGCCUCCGCAUCCGGCUCGCGCCCUGCCAGCGCAUCAUCACUCUCGACGCUCUCGACGAGCCUCGCGUCCUCGACCAUCAGCGCACACGCCUACGCGCAGGAGCCCGAGCGUGGGCCCGGACAGCCGCUCGGCGACUCGCCUACACUCCCGCACUUUCCGCCGUUUGGCGAUGCGGGGGUGCCCGCCGCGGCCCAGUCGUCGACGCUUGCAGUUCCCAGGCGCGCGCGGCGCAAGGGUAGCAAGGACAGGAUCGUGACGCGCAAUCUGAGCCUGAGCUCCCGCCCGAGGGAGCGCGGAGCGCAGUAUGUGAAUGGCUUUGGGCCGAUAUACAUGACGGUUGUGAAGGAGACUGACUAG